AUGCUCAGCCCAAAAAUGCAACGUUCUGUGCGUGUAAACGAAAACCAGCUGAUUAUGCUGUCCGAUCGCGCGCAGUAUGAUCACUCAAUGCAUGGACAUUUACACAAACGCACUUCCGAUAAUAAUAAAUGGCAGAUGCGAUGGUUCGUGCUCUACCAGAAUUUACUGUUUUACUAUGAAUCGGAACAAUCAUCGCGGCCUUCCGGACUCAUAUUCCUGGAAGGCUGCUACUGUGAGCGGCUUGUUUCAGCCCCCUCGAUAUCAGGACCCCCUAUAUCAACUAACACCGGCCAAGCUCCCAAAAUUAUAAAGGAAGAGAAAUUGCAGCAUUGCUUCACUAUUUGCUAUCGUCGAGAAAACCAGAGACAGUAUGAAUUACGCGCUGCUACCGAAUCAGAGUGCUCAGCCUGGAUCAUCGCUAUUCGAGAGGCGAGCUUCAACAAACUGCUGCUUCAGAAGGAAGAACUCGAACAGAAGCAUGUCCAUCUGUUGCAAGUGGUUGAAAGUGAGAAGACUGCCAAAUGGCAGUACACACAGCAGUGCGAGGAACUGGCGUCGGAAAUACGAAAGCUUCGAACCGAGAUUUGUGUGCUCAGGAAGGAGACACGUUCCAGCUACUCGGCCACGCCAGUCGGACGAGGCAGCUUCAGUGUGCCGGGUGACUCGCAGGAUGACCACGGAUCGUUGCCGGGCCUGUGCGCCUCGGUACAGGACUCGAUAGAGCUGCGCAAAAUAAAGAAGGUGCAGAGUUUCUUCCGCGGCUGGUUGUGCAGACGACGCUGGAAGCAGAUCGUCGAGGAGUACAUUCGCUCGCCGCACGCGGAAAGCAUGCGCAAACGCAACCACCUCGUGUUUAGCAUGGUCGAGGCCGAGGAAGAGUACCUGGAGCAGCUAGAGGUGUUGGUGGCGUGCUUCUUGCGCCCGUUCAAAAUGGCCGCUAGCUCGAAGCGGCCGCCCUGUUCGCACGAGGAUGUCAACUCGAUCUUUCUUAACUCGGAAACCGUCCUGUUCCUGCAUCAGAUUUUUCUCAAGGGAUUGACCUCACGACUGGAGUCAUGGCCGACGCUAGUGCUUGGCGAUUUGUUCGACAUGCUACUGCCGAUGCUCAGCAUCUACCAGGAGUACGUCCGCAAUCAUCAUUACAGCCUACAGGUUCUUACCGAGUGCAAAAGCAACACCAACUUCGCCACGGUACUGAAGCGCCUGGAGGCGAAACCGUCCUGUCAGGGGCGCAGCCUGGAAACGUUUCUAACAUACCCGAUGCAUCAAAUUCCGCGCUAUAUCAUAACGCUCCACGAGCUGCUGGCACACACGCCUCACGACCACGUGGAGCGCAAAAGUCUGCAGAACGCUCGGCAACAGCUCGAAGACCUUUCGCGGCAGAUGCACGACGAGGUGUCGGAAACGGAAAACCUGCGCAAGAACCUCGCGGUGGAACGAAUGAUAGUCGAAGGUUGCGACAUCCUGCUCGACGUAAACCAAGUUUUUGUACGGCAAGGAAGCCUUGUACAAGUGCCACCGGGGCGUGGACGAAUACGCAGUCGCUUGGCGUCCUUUAAAAGCGAGCGCGAUGCCGUUCGGCAAUGCUUUCUCUUUUCAAACCACAUGAUUAUAGCAACAAGGACCUCUGGCGGACGCUUGCACCUACUGCCGGAUGUAGGAAAAAUCCCUCUGGCCGACGCUACUUUGGUUGAGGAUCCGAGCGAAGUACAGCACGACGAUGAAGACGCUUCGGUUUGUUCUACGUCGACCCGUGGUAGCACGCUGAGCGUCACGGAGUCAGUUAAUGCCGGAAACAGAGAUUUUAAAAUAUUUGUUGAAUCAAAGUCGGGCGCCCGCCACGGAAUACAUUUGGUUGCACCUACGAUACAGGAUAAGGAAGCAUGGAUAAGUGACAUUUCGCAGUGUCUGGAUAACAUCCACAUGCACUCGCUGCUCUCGCCAGGCAUCGGAGGGUCCUCGGGAGCAUCUCUUCUUGCAGGACAUCAGGCGCUGCGAGCGGAUCCCCGCCUGUUCAAGGAUGACGUCGAUAUACGUUUCUCAAGGACUUUGAACUCGUGCAAGUUGCCUCAGGUGCGCUACGCCACCCCGGAUCGCUUGCUCCAGCGCCUAACCGACCUGAGGUUCUUGUCGAUAGAUUUUUUGAACACGUUUCUCCUCACGUACCGAGUGUUUACUGAUGGAGAAACGGUGUUAAACGCACUGAAGAGCGUUUUUUACGAUCCCCCGGUGGAGCCCUCGUGUGAUUGCGAGCAUCAAACGGAUUUUCUGGAGCUGCCAUACCAAGAUGGACGUGCUUCACCUCGUCGUACGUCAGGUGCGAGCUCCGUUUCUGGCUAUUGCUCGGAGGGCGCGGACCGAGAUCGUUCCAUGAGCGGAGACUCAACAGGUCUACGCUUCCGUGGCUCACGACGAGGCUAUCAAAAUCACCAAAACACGGAGCAAGAGGCCCUCUCGUGGAUACCGGAGCAGGUGGGACCGGUGAUAAUUCACAGCGCACAUCACCCGACCGAAAAGGUCAUGGAGGAGCCCACAACCGAGACGCCAGGAGGCAACGUGAACCUGCAGAGCAAAUCGCAGCACCAAAUUCAUCAGCAGCCACAGGAUGAUUCAUAUUUGGUCAUUCCAAAGACGAUGCCCGGCUCCAGCAGCUCCGAUACUUUAACAGAAACGGCCAUGAGUGGACCGUCCUCGCCGUCGAACCUCAGCAGUGUCACACUGGUGGGAUCGACUGGAUCCGGUGGGCAGGAUAAAUCGGACGACACACCGACGGAAGGAGCUUUCAAGUAUGGCAAGGCUCCCACAAGCCCAUUGCCAGAACGCGUUAAUCCAAAAGCACACAAAUUCCCUACCCCGUUCCCAACCACAACACCUCCGACACCUACCAUCUGCACUACGGACACAAGCCAAACGGAGGAACCAGGCCAGGCGCCGGAAGCGUAUAGCAAACAACCGAGUCAGCAGCAGCAACAACAGCAUCAUUCGCCGCAACAUCAACAGCAACAAAUUAAAACUCCUCCAACACCUCCGACCGUGACGACGACCCCUUGCUAUAGUCCCCUGAACGGGCAGCCUCCGAAUGGGGCCUCUCCCCAGCAUCAGCAGUUGCAUCAGCAGCAAUCGCUCCCGCUGAAGUCGGAACAAGCCACCAUCGUGCAGGGUCGGCUCGAAAUCGGAGGUCCAAAAAUCGUAACUCAACCUUAUCUGACGACCACGACUACAACGACGGUUACGAUAACGACGACGACAACGGCCACGUCCACCAAGAGCAUUUCACCGCCUCAUCUGCUGCCGAUGGACCGUCGGCCAAGUGUUGGCCACAACAUUGCCAUUCCGCAUGCAGCCCUGUGCCAACAUCGGCACAGCCUGCAGCUCAACGGGGACGGCAGUCUCUUCAACAAGACCGAAAAGACCGGAAGCAGUCCUCGCUUGACGACACGAAAAUUCUCUGCCCCAAAGACACCGGAAAGACAACGCAAGAGCCUGUUUGGAACACCUCAGAGAGAUCGAGAUUCUUCCAGCACGCGUCGAUUUUCCGAAAGCGACGACGACAUGGCCACGUCAAUCUUCACAACACCCCGUGGAUCGCUUGGUGGUGUGUCGCUCAACACCAUCUCGUCCCGAGCUUCCAUGCAGCACGAUCAUGUUCCUCACUGCUCCAGCAAAGUAGGCGUAGUAAUCACUUCCUACCGCCAGUCGCAACGCAGCAUGGGACCGGACCCGCUUUGGAGUAGCACAUCGACGGCAGCGGCGGCAUUCGCGAUCGCUACCUCAGCUUCCAGCAAUCCACGGGACGAGCCCCCCGAGGUGGAAGCUAGGAACCGAAAGGAAUCCGUCGUCAGCUCGCCGGCCACCAUGCGGGUACUGAACGUGCUGCGACACUGGGUGUCGAAGCACUUCCAGGACUUCGAGCAGGACGCAGCUCUGCGCAGUCAGACAAUAGCGUUUCUGGACGACAUCACCUGCAGUCCCAACCUAUUGCCCACUGAGCACCGAGCUGCGUCCCAGCUGCUGCGGCUGCUCUGCCGCGACGACAUCGACAGCGGGAAGCAACAGCUCGAGAUUCUGCUGACGCCGCCGCAGACGCCAAGCAAGGAGAGCAUUGAGACAUUGUCGGCGCUGGAGAUUGCGGAACAGAUGACCUACUUGGAUCACCAAAUUUUCCUGGCCAUUCGCAGCGAAGAAUUCCUGGGUCAAGCAUGGAUGAAGUCGGACAAAAAGUCCCGAGCAGAGCACAUCAUUCUUAUGACGAAGCGUUUCAACGACGGCUCACGGCUCGUAUGCUCUGAAAUCGUGUCAAGGAGCAACAUGGCAGCGCGGGUAGCGGCCAUCGAGAAGUGGACGGCAGUGGCAGACAUUUGCCGUUGUUUGCACAACUUCAACGGGGUGUUGCAGAUCUGUGCGGCCUUCACAAAUGCGGCUGUGUAUCGACUGAAGAAAACCUGGGACAAAGUACCUCGGACAAUCAAAUCGACAAUCACUAAACUGCAGGCCGUGGUGUGCUCGGACGGGAGGUUUCGUGUGAUGCGCGAGGCCCUGCACCGAUGCGAUCCACCCUGCAUUCCGUACCUGGGAAUGUAUCUGACCGACCUGUCCUUCAUCGAAGAGGGUACGCCGGACUUCACACCGGAUGGAUUGCUGAACUUCUCCAAAAUGCGUAUGAUUGCCCACGUAAUACGUGAGAUACGCCACUUCCAACAGACGCCGUACAAAAUUGAUCACAUACCAAAAGUUACAUCCUACCUCCUGGAUACAUCGUUGCUGCUGGACGACGACGAAUUGUACCACAAAUCAUUGCAGAUCGAACCGAGAAGCUCGCGUCUCAGUGCACCGAACACGGCCAAUGUUUAACCCGGAGAAGACCGCCAUCCACAGCCAUCCACUCCAGGGAGGAAAAGCCGUCCGGCGCAUCCGGGUCUUUGUCAGCUAGACGAGAUUAGUGUGUCCUUUUCUGUGUGCCACUAAUCCUUCCCCUAAUCACACCCUUUGCAACGUAGCUCAAAAAUGCCAACGAAUAAUCGAUUCUUGUGACGACCGGAUCACACACCCCUCAGCAACGGUAAGUAGACAUGGCUAAAUUCAUGGCUUCUACGUGGGUAGGAUCGAUUUUCGUAGGGCUUGUGUAUUCCUGGCACAAAUUAAAAACUCAUGAAAACUGAGUGCAGUUUGUGAAUCUGUCAUACUUUUUUUGCUGCUAUUUCAUAAACGAUACGCGGUUGG